AUGUCCCAAGUAAUCGAUGCCAAAAAGCGUCGCACUCGAAGCGACUAUGUCUUCCACCAAGAGUUCGACAAUGACAUGUACGCCCACCUCAACAACACUGUCUAUGCCAUGCUCUUUGAUUCCAUCGUCAAUUCAUACCUGAUCACCCACUGCGGGAUGGAUCCCUUUUCCAUGAACAACAACAGCAGCAGCGAUAAAACCACGGCCUCCUCCAACCAGGUCGCUAUCAUGGUCAACUCCUACUGCGACUACUUCGCGUCAGUCUCCUUCCCGGACGUCCUGGACCUGGGACUCCGCGUUGCGAAACUGGGUUCUUCCAGCGUGACCUACGAAGUCGGAGUGUUUAAGCGGGGCGAGGAAGCUGUCAAGACGGUGGGAGGGUAUACACAUGUAUUUGUGGCGAGGGAGACGAUGAGACCAACUAAAUCGGGGAUGGAGGAGAAGAUUCGACGGGAGUUGGAGAAGUUGAUGGUGCAGCCGAAAGCGAGGCUGUAA